AUGAACCUGCCGGUGACUCCCACUGGCCGGAGAGCUGCUCUUCUGCCGCUUUGUCUGCUCUUCCUAAAGACCUGGGUGCUAGUGCACAGCUACCUCUACAACAACCGCUAUGCCGGGGAUAAAGUAAUACGGCUUGUUCCGGAGAGCGAGAGAGAAGCACAAGCACUGAAUGCCAUAUUUCACCAGCUUACGGUGGACCUGUGGCAGCCCAGCAGCAUCUUCCACAUCUCAGAGGGUACAGUCACAGAUGUACAUGUUCCAGGGAACAGUUCACAAAUUCUGCUACCCUACCUGCAACAAGCAAACAUCAAAUACACGAUCAUUAUAUCUGAUCUACAGAAAGUGAUAGAAAAACAAAGUGGUUUGCGAUCAUGUAGGAAUCGUAGAUCAGUACCAGGAUACAACUAUGAAGUGUACCACUCACUGGAAGAAAUUCAAAGUUGGAUGUAUCGUCUGAACAAAACCCAUUCAGAUCUCGUUCAUAUGUUCUCUGUUGGAAAAUCAUAUGAAGGGAGACCUCUGUUUGUACUAAAGUUAGGUAAAAGAUCACGGCCUUACAAGAGAGCUGUCUGGAUAGACUGUGGCAUUCAUGCAAGAGAAUGGAUUGGUCCUGCCUUCUGCCAAUGGUUUGUAAAAGAAGCUCUUCAGACAUAUCAGAGUGAUCCCGCCAUGAGAAGGAUGCUAAAUCAGCUGUAUUUCUACAUCAUGCCAGUAUUUAAUGUGGAUGGAUACCAUUUUAGCUGGACCAAUGAUCGAUUUUGGAGAAAAACAAGGUCAAAGAACUCACAGUUUCGUUGCCAUGGUGUAGAUGCUAAUCGUAACUGGAAAGUGAAAUGGUGUGAUGAGGGGGCUUCCUUUCACCCAUGUGAUGAUACGUACUGUGGUCCCUUUCCCGAGUCUGAGCCUGAAGUAAAGGCUGUAGCUCACUUUCUUCGCAAACGCCGGAAACAAAUAAAAGCCUAUCUGUCUUUUCAUGCAUAUGCUCAGAUGUUGCUGUAUCCAUACUCUUACAAGUAUGCAACAAUUCCAAAUUUCAGCUGUGUGGAAUCUGCAGCUUAUAAUGCUGUUAAUGCUCUUCAGUCCGCUUAUGGUAUAAGAUACAGAUAUGGCCCUGCUUCUAGCACUUUGUAUGUGAGCUCUGGUAGUUCUAUGGACUGGGCCUACAAAAAUGGCAUCCCCUAUGCAUUUGCAUUUGAGCUGCGUGACACUGGCCAUUUUGGAUUUUUACUUCCUGAGACUCUGAUCAAACCCACUUGUACAGAGACCAUGCUAGCAGUUAAAAAUAUAACUAUGCAUUUGCUAAAGAAGUGUCAUUGAGAGUUAUAUUUGGGAUCCAGAACUUAGCUAA